AUGAGCUUCAAAUUCACAUUGUUACUUCUGAAGAAAGGCGAACUAUGGCAACCUUCAACACAGGAUACUCCAGUUGCAGAUACUAUUCCAUCAUCAGGAACUGCAGCUACUGGAUCUGGAGACACUACCCCUGCUUGCAUGGCCUCAUCACCAGCACGAGCUGUGACGAUUGCUGAAGGCUCAUCAAAUGCUGGUGAGGCUAGUCCCACAUCAUGUCGACUUACAUCAUCGAGCCCACUUCCCACAUUCAGUCCUCGUAUAGAACACCACCUCAAAUCGGCAACAGAGUCAAGGAUUUGGAGGGAACUAAUUUCGGAAUCAGCGAACUUCUACGUUUGCAAAUAUCCGGAACUAGGCAGCCCAGGAGAGUACCAGAUGAUUGGAAGAAAGAUGUUCUCAGCCUUUCCAAGCAUUGCACGUGAAGGAGACAAGGAGUGGUCGUUCUUCACCAAGUGUCUGAGUCAGCGAAUCAGACACAUAAGAUGGGCUGAAAAGAAGAAGACACAACCCCCAAAAAGGCAGAGUGAUAAUCCACGCUUGAGUUCUGCCAAAGCGCCCCGUGUGGGACAUGUCCAUCUGCUGCAGAAAGACGUUUCAUCAUUGACUGCUGAUGACUAUGAGAAUCAUCUUGCUGAAGUAAGACGAGAAUGGAGUAAAGGCAACACCAAGAACAAGAACCACUUGAUGCUCCUCCUUAGUGAAACCUUCGCCUGCAACCAGCAAUGGAUCAAAAGUUUACCAGAUUCCAAAAUGGAGCCAAUCCUGCAGAAAAUACCAUGCUACCAAGAUGGCAGUCUGGUCAUUCAUGAUUUCCUGAAAAUCAUUGGAGAAAGCAGCUUGGACUCCAUUCUAAACAAGAUGGAGAUUUUCCUGACCGUGGUGGAAAGUCUCAUCGGCACAUCAACAAAGGAACCUGAGAGGAUAAUCCCUGUUAUCCGCCAUGUUGAGAAGGCAACAGCUUUUGACAAAGGCAAGGGUGUGAAAAGCAAGUCUGUCAUCACCAUUAAAGAGGAUAUCUCAGAUGAUGAAGUUGAAGAAGUCUUGAAGACAGGAGACCGGGACCCACCCCAUUUGCUGGUUCUAAAAAAAGGUGGUACAAUUGCUGGCACAUUUGUCGUUGGUGAUACUGUAAGCAUUAUGUGCCACUCAACCAGUGACAAGUCUAUAACAUCAGCGAUGCUCACAUUGAUUGCUGUAUACUAUGUGUUCGAUCUAGAUUAUCCAAAGAUCUAUUCCCAGCUUCUGGGCACACUUCAGUCACAUGUAGUAGGUGGCAUUCCAUUUGAUGGAAAAAAAAGUGCCAAGUUCAGGUCCUUCAGUAAUGUACUGGAUAAAAAACUGUUAAUAACUUCAAGACUUAAAAGAACUAUGUGAUGGAACUAAAUGACCGAAAACCAAAGAAACUAUAAAACCAAAACCCAAUGUUUAAACCUAGAACUAUAACCAGAGAACAAGGACAGACCAAAAACCAACACAGUGUGUAAAUUAUAAUGAAUCUGUAAGCUCACUCUAACUUCAAUCUGCAAAAACAAGAAAACACAUGGAAACUAAGAUGAGAAACAUAAUCUAAUGAAUAUUCAGUAGGCAAUAAACAGUUCUGGCACACAAAGG